AUGAAACCAUUUACCUCGUUUUUAGUUGUCGUAUUUAUGUUUUCAAACAUCGUAUUCGUUCAAUGUAUGAACGAACAAUUAAUGCUUCAGUUAGUUAAUGCUGAACGUUCAAAAGCCGGUGCCGGUCCUGUUAGCUUAAACAGUGCUGGCGAAAAUGUUGCUGAAGGGUAUAGUGACGAAAAAUCCGUCAUGGCAGGCUGGAUGGCCUCACCUGGUCACAGAGACAAUAUUCUCAACCCUGGUUUCAAAGAUGCUGGUUUUGCUCAAGCCGGUACUUAUUGGACACAAGAUUUUGGUUCUGGUGGCAGUGGCGGUAGUAGCGGCAACUCACAAAGUCAACCACCUGCUAAAGGCAACUCACAAAGUCAACCACCUGCUAAAGGCAACUCACAAA